AUGCAAAUGUCUGGAAGUCUUAAGAUAAAUAUUCCAAGCCACUUUUGUUACCUAUUACUUUCUGAAUCAAAAAAAAAAGCUAGUUAUAUUGGAUAUACUGUCAAUCCAGUUCGAAGGCUUAGACAACACAAUGGUGAAAUUAAGAAAGGUGCUAAAAAAACUAAAAGUGGAAUUCCAUGGUAUAUGGCAAUUUGUAUAGAUGGAUUCCCAAAUAGAAUUGCAGCUUUAAGAUUUGAGUGGGUUUGGCAACAUCCUCAUAUUUGUAAGGCAACUCGUUCUCAGAUAAUAGUUUGGGGAAUUACUAAAGUUUCAAAAAAAUCUGGGAAGUUUAUUUUAAAUAGGAAACAAUGGAGUGUUCAACAGCGUAUUGGAAUACUGUUAUGUAUGGUAUCUAUUGAGCCUUGGUGCAAAAUGAAUUUAAGUAUUUAUAUAAUGGAUAGAAAUUCCACAGAUAUAAUUAUAAAUUGGAUUGAUAUCUUCUCUAAAAUAGUUCCUACAAAAUUUAUACUUUUUGAUAUACCUAAUUUGGGAGAAUUUAAGUGUUUUUUACGUAUAUGUAAUGAUUCAAAUAGUGGCUCUAAUACUGAAUUUUUCCAAAUAAAUUUUGACAUACUAAAAAAUAAACAAGUAUCAAUAUCUGAUAGUGAAAGUGAUUUUGAUAUACCCAAUAAUAAUUUUAUUUUACAAAUAGAGGAAAAUAAGAUAAAUUGUAUUCUAUGCAAUCUUGAAAUAGAAUUUAAUCGGAAAUUCAUAGUAUUUCCUUGUUGUGAUGAUUCUUUUGUUCAUAUAUCAUGUAUAUCUAAAUGGGAUGAAAAUUUAAAUGAUCAGGAUUCUAAAAUAUCUUUAAUACCAAAAAGAGUAUCUUGUCCAGUUUGUUUUGAGUCUUAUAAUUGGCUUGAUAUAGUCACAAAUAAUGUUAAAGUUUCAGAUAUUUUAUCUAAUACUAAAGAUCAUCAGGAAGAUAAACAAGAAAUACCUCACAAAUUUGAAUCUAAUUAUACUUAUACUAAAUGUGAUACUGAAAAAAAUUGUACUAACUUUAUAUCUGAAACUUGUAUUGCUAAUUCUAUGGAUAUUUUUAAUGAUUUUGGAGUAGAUUAUAAUAUUGAAGAUUGUUCAUCAAAAUUUGAUUUUAUAGAUUUAACUGUGGAUUCAGAUUAA